UGAUAACAUGGCUAACCAGAGCUUUGCCAUCGAUGGCCCCGGCAGUUUGCUGGCUGUACUGGCUUCGCAGAGCGGAAUGGCAAGAGCCGGCAGCAACGGCGGCAGCAACGGCGGCAGCAACGGCGGAGGAAUCUCUGCCGCAGAUGUCUCCGCCUACUUUAAGCUGGUCUUCUUGGGUCUGAUCAUCUGUGUGGGCCUCGUAGGCAACCUCUUGGUCUCCCUGCUGGUUCUCCGGGACAGGACACUUCACAAGGCUCCGUACUUCUUUCUCCUGGACCUGUGCCUGGCCGAUGCGGUUCGCUCCGCUGCCUGCUUCCCCUUCGUGCUGGUUUCCGUCCACAACAGCUCGUCCUGGACCUACAGCGCCUUGAGUUGUAAAGUGGUGGCUUUCAUGGCUGUGCUGUUUUGUUUUCACGCUGCCUUCAUGCUGUUCUGUGUGGCCGUCACCCGCUACCUUGCCAUCGCCCACCACAGAUUCUACGCCAAGCGCAUGACCAUCUGGACCUGCGCCGCCAUCAUUUGCAUGGUGUGGACUCUGGCCGUCGCCAUGGCGUUCCCACCCGUCUUUGACGUGGGGACGUACAAGUUCAUCCGCGAUGAGGACCAGUGCAUUUUUGAACACCGCUACCUGAAGACCAACGACACUCUGGGCUUCAUGCUCAUGCUGGCCGUGGUGGUCCUCGCCACCCACGGCUUCUACGCCAAGCUGCUUCUAUUCGAGUACCGGCACCGCAAGAUGAAACCUGUCCAGCUGGUGCCAGCGAUCAGCCAGAACUGGACUUUCCACGGUCCCGGGGCCACAGGUCAGGCCGCAGCUAACUGGAUUGCAGGUUUCGGUCGGGGUCCCAUGCCACCCACCCUGUUGGGCAUCAGGCAAAACUUACACAAUCAACAUCGGCGGCUGCUCGGGAUGGAAGAGGUGAGGUCAGAGAGGAGGCUGGGCAGGAUGUUCUACACCAUCACCCUGCUCUUCCUGGUCCUCUGGGCUCCUUACAUCGUGGCGUGCUUCUGGAGGGUCUUUGUCAAGUCCUGCACCAUCCCCCACAGGUACCUUUCCAUCACAGUGUGGAUGAGCUUCGCCCAAGCCGGAGUCAACCCCAUCUUCUGUCUCCUGCUCAACGAGGACCUGAGGAAAGUGCUGAGAGCUCACCUGCCCACAUACUGGAGGACUAAACAACACCUGCCCCAGGACGAGGCCUACUGCAUUAUGUGAUAAGAUAUGAGGUUAAUAAUUAAGAGAAUGUUUCAGGUUUCAAAGGGAGUAUUUGGAGAGUAGAUGUGAUCUAAUGCACCUGAGAAAAGUGUCUGUUUUGUUGUUCUGCACAACAAAAUCUAAUCCUUUGCAGACAAAUGCAGGCACAGUGCCAUUUUAUUGAGAAUGUUGAUAUUGGAGUUAAUGUGUGACAUGCGGAGGUUCGAGCCCAGAGAAGCCCUGGCGACACUUUGGUGGUUUGUUUUUCUGACGAUGUACUGUAUGAUUACUAAGUAGGAGAGAUCACAACUAUCGCCCGCUCCGACUAAGUGUAACAGAUGCCAUUUUUAAAUAAUGUUGCCUUAUUUUCGAUGGGACACGCCCCAGGGCUUUCAACUGAGAGUGAGUUGCCGCGUCACCCGAGGCACGGAGCAGACGCACAGCGGCUUGAAAUCCUUGAAGAGAUUUGCUGCAGACUGUGAAUAGAAAGUGUUGAUCUGAGCGUUACUAACUGUGAAACACAUCAAGGAACUCAAAGGGUCUGAAUGGAUUCACAGACCACCCCGGACGCCUUUGUGGAAUUUAAAAGAGACUGCAGAUUCUUGAAUGGACCCAUUAACCUUGGAUACAUUUAAAUUGUUGUUUUAAACCCGAGACACCCCUAACAUGCUUGAUUUUAUGGACUUGAUUUUAGGGCGUGUCAGGUUUCUUUGUAUCAUAAAAAAAUGCCUGUUUUCCUUUAAUUGUAAACUAUACAUGUUAAGCAGAUGACACUAUUUUGAAAUAUGACUUGAUUUCCUAUUGUACAGACUGUACAGGAAUGUAUAUUCCUGCUUGUGUGUUUUUAUAUAGCAUUUUUGUGUGUGUGUGUGUGUGUGUGUGUGAGAGAGAGACAGAGGAAGAUGUAGACGGAGAGGAGGAGAAAGAUGAGAAAAAUAAUAAUGAUAGAAUAGAUCCCAGUCAAUAUGAAAGCAGCCUCAUCUUGGUGUCUCCAAAUCAUGUGAAAUUGAACAGGAUACAUAUGGAAAUGUAUUCUUUAAAGUGGAUUUCCUUAACUGAAAAAUGUAGUUUCUUUUCAGCGUACAAGCAAGCGAGAAGUAGGGAUGGGUUAUGAAAAAGGGGAUCGAAUAAUUAGAAACCAACCAGCGAAAGAAUUGAAUGACUUGAAUGACGAUGUAAAUUGACUUUGUUUAAAAAAAAAAGAAAAUCAUUUGCAAUUGGUGAUUUUGGGAAUGUUUUUAAAGUAUUGUUAUGCUCUCACCAGAAUACAAGAAAAAGAAAAGAAAAGGAAUGACGUGACUCUUAAUGAGGAGAAUACUUGAAUGUUUCCAGGCCCCCUUCCUUAUAUCUACAACGCCCCCCCUCCCUUCCUCCCCAUCCCGUACUGGAUCAAAGUAAGUUCAGGCUGCAUACGAACGUUUGGUGGCAACCUGCUUAAAGUACAUGAAGGUGUCUCCAAAUCCAGAAAAGAGAAUACAAAUGUCAGACCUACAGUAUGUUAGGCACAUAUACUGUAUAUUUGUGCAGUCAAUUUUCUAAAUGUGGACACUUGCACUGCAGACUGUAUUAGCAUGCAUCCCACUGCAUUUCAUAGAUUCAGGACUGCGGAUUACGACCUGUACAGAUGUUGAUGUGGAAAGACGAAGUAAAGGGGGAAUUGAGGUCCAUCAUUUUUACGUCCGGCAUUCCUUGGCGAGAUGAUAUUCUGUAACUGUACAGUUUACCUGAGGUGGUUCUUUUGCCCACUCAUCAAUAAAGACUCUACUUUUGAUGCACUCUGA